UACCACAUUUUUUGUGAACGUGUGUGAAUUUAAAAGACCUUCAUGAAUGUGGUUUUCAUUUUUAUGAUCUUGAUAUGAUCAUACUACUUACCAAGCUAAUGGACGACUGUCCAGUACUUUUAGUACCUACCUAAGUGAUGUCACUGUUUAAAACAAUUGAACGUUAAACAUCGUUCAAUUGAGGCUCGGACUGCAGUGUUGAUAAGUGAGAGAGUAUUAUUUUUUAUCAGACUUAAACUGAGAGCCCUUAACAUGUCACAGGAAAAACCAAACUAUUAUGAUUACCAUGAAGAAACUCAAAAGGAAAAACUUAUAAGAAAAUCAAAAGAAUCUCCUUUUAUGGUCGUUGCUAUCGCAGGACUAGUGACGGCAGUCGGUUUUGGCGCCUACUCGUACAAAAGGCGUGGCGCAAUGAGUACGAGCGUGUUCCUCAUGCAGUUCCGAGUGAUAGCUCAGGGCACGGCCGUCGGCGCGCUUACCGCCGGCAUGACCUACACACUCUAUAAUACUUAUAUUAACAAGACCGCGAAAAAAACUAAUGAACACUGAUGCAAUUCAAAUUAUUCACCUACCUACCUAUAUGUAGCUAAGUACAAUAUGUAUUUUAAUAUCAGAAAACUCAGUUCCUGGAGAACUAUGUUAACCGAAAGUUUAAUUAGUUCAAUGAUAAGAUGGCCAAGACAAUAUUUUCAAAAUACUUCUUGGCACCAAAAUAAAACCAACCUACAAUAUUAGAAAUACGUUGUUAUAACUUAAGGUGAUACCUCAAGGUCCAUUUUCAUACAUUUUGUUUCACUUUUAAUCUGGAUAACUAAACAAGUAUUGGCAAGUAAAGAAUAAUCAUGGAUAUUUCGGCCUUUAAAAUUUCGUCAUAUUAAAUUUUUAAGGCUGAAAUAUCCAUGAUUAUUAAUUAUUUUUACGUUUUUCUUUCAACUGCGAGAACUAACCACUAACUAGACGUGAAUUUAAAUUCUUUACUUGCCAAUACUUGUUUAGUUACCCAGAUUAAAGGUGAAAAAAAAUGUAUGAAAAUGGACCUUGACGUAUCGCCUUAAGUAUUAUAACAGCUAGUCAUUCAAUUAUUGUACCUACAUACCUCUCUACCAAGCGUUUCCUCACUCUAUUCAAUGUUGGUUCGCAAUAAAAAGGCAUAGAAAAUUAAAUGCUUGAGACGCAUGACCAAAAGAGAUAUGUACGAGGACUUCUUUGGGACAGUAUCAAAAUACGUGUUGAUAUCAUUCGGAAAUAACUCUUAAGACCAAAAAAAUAAGAGCUUGUCACGCUGUUGUAACUUAUAUUAUCAGUUAGAUAAAGUAAGUUAAUAUUGAUGUAUGUAAUAUGUACCCACAGAGGUUUAGAUUAUUGUGGAAUGUAUGGAUUUAGAAUUAUUGUAAUAAUUGUGUUACAAAUGUGUUUAAUUGAAUAUUUAUGCAAUAAAUUGUAAGAUACGAAUUUUUUCUCCACCA